AUUUUGACGUUUAAAUUGUCAUAUAAUAGGCUUUCAAAUCAGAUCGAUAAAAUAUUACUGAAAAGUGCGAGGAAAAUCCCGGUUAGAUGAAAAUAUUGACGAAAAAUUAAUAAGUUAUCCUACGACAUUACGCUAAAUGUAAAGUGUGUGUUUAAAUAUUUGGCAACCAAAGUGUAAUUCAUACAAAAUGGGCGAAACUGCUCCAAUGCCUUCGCCAAAAACCCAAGAGGUAGCAAGUACUAGUGUUUCUACCAACAACGAAACGAUUACGCAGCAACAGCAGCAGCCUUUGAAGAUGAAGGUGCUGAUUAUUGGUGCAGGCAUGGCAGGACUUUCUGCCGCAAAUCAUUUUCUACACAAUGGAUGCAAUGACUUUCGUAUACUUGAAGCACGUAGCCGGAUCGGCGGUCGUAUUAUAUCAAUACCGCUGCGUUCACAAAGAGUCGAACUUGGCGCCAAUUGGAUACACGGCGUUUUAGGCAAUCCAAUUUUCGAGAUUGCCGUACAACACGGACUAGUCAGCGUAGUUAAUAUACCGAAACCGCACACGGUUAUUGCCACAACAGAAGAUGGCAAUCAGGUUCCUUUUAAUAUACUGCAAGAGAUUUACGAGGCCUACGUGUGCUUUUUGCGACGUUGUGAUGAGUACUUUAUGUGUCAAUAUAGCCCACCGCCGGACAUUAAUAGCGUGGGCGAGCAUAUUAAUUAUGAAAUUGAAAUUUACCUAAGCUCUAUACAGGAUCCGAAAGAGAAGCGCUUGAAACAAUUGAUCUUCAAUUGCUUGCUAAAGCGCGAGACCUGUAUUACUGGCUGCACCAAUAUGAACGAAGUGGAUCUGCUGGAAUUAGGUAGUUACACAGAGUUGCAAGGCGGAAAUAUUGUGCCCCCACAAGGCUACAGUUCUAUAUUGCGACCGCUAUCCGCAUCUAUACCGAAAGAGGCAAUAAUUACUAAAUGUCCGGUGAAGAAAAUUCAUUGGAAACGGAAAAAGACGCUUACUGGUCUGGAGACAGUGGAUGAGAAUUCUGAAGAUGAUGAUUCAGAUGAUACCGAAAAGACAGUCACUGAAGUGCCGACAGCAGCAGCACUAGCAGCGUCAGCGGUUAAGUCUAACGCAGCCGUAGUACGUGAAAAAUCGACUGAGUCAGAUGAUAACUGUGAUGCAAGUGGUAAUUUGAUUGACGCUGCUGUGAGAGUAGACUGUGAAGAUGGGCGUACCUUCUAUGCUGAUCAUGUGAUAUGUACCAUACCGUUGGGUGUGCUUAAAGCUACACACAAAACGAUCUUCACACCCGAAUUGCCACAUUACAAACAAGAGGCAAUUGAGAAUCUAAUGUUUGGCACAGUGGAUAAAAUAUAUCUUGAAUACGAUCGGCCCUUCAUGAGCACCUCCAUUUCGGAAAUAAUGCUGUUAUGGGAUGAUGACAAAUACGACUUACAUCUUUCCGACGAAGAACGCAAUUCCAAGGAGUAUUUAAGCAAGAAUUGGUACAAAAAGAUUUACUCAUUCGCGAAGGUGUCUGAAACGUUGCUACUGGGUUGGGUUUCCGGACGAGAAGCUGACUACAUGGAAACGUUGUCGCAUGAGGAAGUCGCAGAAAAGUGCACAGAAAUAUUGCGUGCAUUUCUAAAAGAUCCGUAUGUGCCGAAACCCAAGCUUUGUGUGUGCACAAGUUGGAAGUCGCAGCCUUACACGCGUGGCUCGUACACAUCGAUACCUAUUGGUGCAACACAAGAGGAUAUUGAAUUGUUAGCGCAGCCACUCUACGUCAAUCCACAAGCGCAGAAGCCCGCAGUAUUGUUCGCCGGCGAGCAUACACACUCCAAUUUUUAUUCAACCGUACAUGGUGCCUAUUUGACCGGUCGCACAGCCGCUCAGUACAUACUCUCUACAGAUGAACCGGUCGAAGUCGUUAUGGAAGCUGACUCCAGUGAUUUAAGCUCUUGGAUACAAGGCAUUUCGCUGGAAUAAAGUCUUACUUACACAUACACACCCACACAUACACCAUAGUGGUUUGAAAAGCAAAUGCAACGAAAGUGUAGUGAAGCGAGACAGUGUACUUCCAUGCAGUUAUUACACAACGUUUAAGUUUAGUGUAUUUGUAAGCUUCUCUUGAACCUUUAAACAUUUGUUAAAGAGCUGUUGUAUGUAUAUAGUUAAUUUAAGCAGUUUAUAUUUAAGAUUAUUGUGUUUUCUAUUUAACAACAACCACUGAUAAUGCCUCAAAAUGUUUUGAUUAACUUUCGAAAUUCAUAUUUUUUUUUUGUUUUUUAGUAUAGUUAGCUUAGGUACUUUUAUAAAGUGCGAUAUUCGUGAUAUGCAUACAAGUUGAGAGUAUGACAGUAAAAAAAUAAUUGCAAUAUUUUAUAAUAUCUUAAUUUUUUUAUAACUUAAAAAGUCACAAGUUAUUUAUACAUUUAAAUCAGUGCUAGUUUUUUUGUAAAUUGUUGCAAAUUCUUUCAAUUAUUUGCACCUUCUAUUCUUUUUGCUUAUACUGCCAAAAUUGUGUCUAUACAAACUUUUAUAUUUUGUAGUUUCUACUUUAUUAUAUUUUUAGUAAAUUCGCUAUAAUUAAAAUAAUUUAUUUAUUUAUUUUGCAAAAUAAACUGUCCAUUAUAAUUUACACGCUUUUAUUUUUAUUUUCUACAUUUUAGCAAAUUAUUAUUAGAAUUUGUUAACACUUUUAAUAUAUGGAAUGUAUGUAGUAGGUUAAAACUGAUAUUAUAUUAAGGUAAUGAAAUAUGUACUUUAAAAUUGAUUGAAUCCAAUAUUUGAUAAUUCAAUACUCCUAUUCAGUAUAUUUACUUGUAUUUUCAAAUAGUGUUUUAACAUUAAAGACCGUAGUAUUAAGUAAAAGUAGGUUAAAAGUGCAGAAGAAAGUGAAAGAAUCUAAGCGAAAAUUUCAAUGUUGGUUCGUUAUUUAAGUUAUUCGAUAAUAUUUAUUUAAAUACAAAUACAUACAGACAUCACGCCUAAUACAUGUAAACACAGAAAAUAAUAUACAAACAUUACUCUUAAUAACUGCACAAGAAUGAAUUGUAGAAUAUGGUCACUGCGUGUGUAUACUUUUUGAUAAAACUGUACCGGAUAAAGUUAUUUAAGUUUUAAGAGUUUGUAUCUUGAAUGUACCAAGUUAUGGAAAAUGUGAAACGAACAUUUUGUUAUAUAAUUUAAAAGCAAAGCUAUUGGCCGAAACAAGAAUCAAAGUGUGUGAUGGAAAAUACUUACACCUUACAUAUAUGUACAUACAUAUGUACGAAUGUAUGUAUGUGAUAUUGUGCGCCUUGCACUGCGCUGACUAUUUGUAAUGCAUUUUAAAACGUUUACUUUUGUUGAAAACACCAAUGCAUAAAAUUACUAAUAAUUACUGCAUGUUGAUUUAUUCUGUUUUAUUAUAA